UCCCCCCCACCCUUCCUCACCUCAUCCUCGGCUCCUUCUGCGGGUCGCCUCAAGAUGGCGGACACAAUGAGCCGGCGUCGCGCCGGUUGUCCCUGAGGCGACAGCGAGAGGGGGAACGGUCCGCGAGGGCCCACGAUCUAGGCAGCAAAACCGUGCCUGAGCAGGAAGAGGAGGAGGAAGAGCCAGAGGCAGGCCGCUAGCCGGCCGCCAGCGCGGCGCCCGCCCCGCCCGGGUCGGCUCCUGACGAGCCCGCCCGCCCGCUCGCCGCCGGCCCCGCCCCGGCCCUGCGCCGCCGCGGCUUCCAGCAGCCGCCGCCAUGAAGCUCACCGACAGCGUGCUGCGGAGCUUCCGCGUCGCCAAGGUGUUCCGCGAGAACUCGGACAAGAUUAACUGCUUUGACUUCAGCCCCAACGGCGAGACGGUGAUCUCGAGCAGCGACGACGACUCCAUCGUGCUGUAUGACUGCCAGGAGGGCAAACCAAAGAGAACCUUAUACAGUAAGAAGUAUGGUGUGGAUCUCAUCAGAUACACUCAUGCAGCAAAUACUGUUGUUUACAGCUCAAACAAAAUAGAUGAUACUAUUCGUUACCUGUCCUUACAUGACAACAAAUACAUCAGAUACUUUCCUGGACAUAGCAAAAGAGUGGUAGCUUUGUCUAUGUCACCUGUGGAUGAUACUUUCAUUUCCGGGUCUCUUGAUAAGACUAUUCGGCUUUGGGAUCUCCGGUCUCCUAACUGCCAGGGCCUCAUGCAUCUACAAGGCAAGCCAGUUUGUUCUUUUGAUCCAGAAGGGCUAAUUUUUGCAGCAGGUGUCAACUCUGAAAUGGUUAAACUUUAUGACCUUCGUUCUUUUGAUAAGGGGCCGUUCGCAACUUUUAAGAUGCAAUACGAUCGGACUUGUGAAUGGACGGGACUUAAGUUCAGCAAUGAUGGCAAGCUCAUUCUCAUCUCCACCAACGGCAGCUUCAUCCGUCUCAUUGAUGCAUUCAAGGGAGUGGUGAUGCACACGUUUGGGGGUUAUGCCAACAGCAAAGCUGUCACCCUGGAGGCUUCAUUUACUCCUGACUCUCAGUUUAUUAUGAUUGGUUCAGAGGAUGGCAAGAUUCAUGUUUGGAAUGGAGAGAGUGGUAUAAAAGUAGCUGUGUUGGAUGGUAAACACACAGGCCCCAUUACCUGUUUGCAGUUCAACCCCAAGUUCAUGACCUUUGCCAGCGCAUGUUCCAACAUGGCUUUCUGGUUGCCAACCAUUGAUGACUGAUCCUGAUGCAGCGUGGCUCUUUCUGUACAGUGAUGGUGACCAGCAGGAAUUAAAA